GCAGAGUUUAAUCAGGAACAGGACUCACAGAAGGACCGGGCGGAUUCCUCCCUGUGUGCGCAGAGGGUGUCGCAGCGUUUAGGAACGGAGCGCUGACGUUCCCUUCACGAUGACGGUCGCGGGCUGGAUGUGAGUUCUCUAUGAAAAUCUGAUCACGCCGACUGAGUCUUAAGGAAAUCGGAGACGUUUGAAACCCGGGAGUUGGACACUGACCAUGCUGAUCAGUCAGGAGCAGUCCAAAGUGAGCGUCUCCACCACGGCCGCUUCGCUGGGCGUCGCCAAGGUGUCGGGGGUCUCCAGGGUGUCGGCGACCGGCAGGCUGAAGUACGUCUCUCUGGGGGUCCUGGUGCUCCAGACCACGUCUCUGGUGCUGACCAUGCGCUACUCGCGGACGCUGCAGGCCGACGGUCCGCGGUACCUCGCCUCCUCCGCCGUGCUGUGCGCCGAGGUCCUCAAGAUCUUCAUCUGCACCGCGCUCGUCUUCAGCAACAACCGGUUCAGCGUCCAGUCACUAAAUCGGGUGUUAAAGGAGGAGAUCGUGAACAAGCCCCUGGAGACCAUGAAGCUGGCCAUCCCGUCGGGCAUCUACACCCUGCAGAACAACCUCCUCUACCUGGCCCUGUCCAACCUGGAUGCCGCUACGUACCAGGUGACGUAUCAGCUGAAGAUCCUCACCACUGCCAUGUUCUCUGUCGCCAUGCUGGGCAAAAGGCUCGGGGUCUACCAGUGGUUCUCUUUAGUCCUCCUCAUAAUGGGAAUCACUCUCGUACAGUGGCCUUCAAAGACUCAUUCGGACCCGGAGAGGACGGAGCAGUUUGUGGGUUCUCAGCUCGUCGGCGUGCUGGCGGUGAUAACGGCCUGUUUCUCCAGCGGCUUCGCCGGCGUUUACUUCGAGAAGAUCCUCAAGGAGACCAAGCAGAGCGUCUGGAUCCGGAACAUCCAGCUGGGUUUGUUCGGGUUCAUUUUUGCACUCAUGGGAGUUUUUGUGUGUGAUGGUGAGAAGGUUCAGGAGAGCGGAAUAUUCCAGGGCUUUAAUGGCGUGACCUGUGUGGUCAUUAUUCUGCAGGCUUUGGGUGGGUUGAUCGUUGCAGCAGUCAUAAAAUAUGCAGAUAACAUCCUGAAGGGCUUCGCUACGUCUCUCUCCAUCAUCUUCUCCACCUUCAUCUCCUACUUCUGGCUGCAGGACUUCAAUCCCACCAGUCUGUUCUUCAUGGGCGCAGUGCUGGUCAUCAUAGCCACUGUUAUCUACGGGUACGACUGCACAGCCAACAGGAACGCUAGGGUGACCAAUGGCGUGGCAUGAACGCUGUGGAGUUGGUAGUUCGAGGAUGAAGAAGAUGGAGGACGAGGAAGACGGGGACAUCAGGAACCCCGGGAGGGCGUGUUAGCUUUAAGGAAAAAACCAACAGUAUUGAAGCUGCAGUUUACUGAGUUUGUUAUGUUUUAUUUUAAAUUAAAUUGUGUGUUUUAUCAUGAGUUCGGGCCAUUGAAAAUUAUUAUUAUUAUUAUUAUUAUUAUUAUUAUUAUUAUUAUUAUUAUUAUUAUUAUUAUUAUUAUUAUUAUUAUUGUUGUUGUGUCAGGCCAAAUAAAAACAACAUUUUAUGGAAA